AUGGAAGGGCAGACCACGACGCCCGAUCCAGGGCGAGCGCAAGCGCAGUCCAACCCUCUUUCUGACUCUAGAUCAACAAAUCGCGAGAAUCGAGGAUCAAACUCGACUCAUGCUUCCAGGGGCAAAUCCAGAGGUGGUCGAGGCAGUCGUGCAGGCAAAAACAGAGAUCUUGGGCGUAAGGAGUGGGCCAAAAAUAAAGUAGAUAAGAGGCAGCGGAACGAGGAUGAGAAAGCAUCUAAGAGACAGCGGGUAGACCAGGGGCCAGCCGAAUUGCCCAUCUAUGCCACCAAGUUUAGCGACGAAGUACUUGCCGGCGAAGAGAGAAAGCCAAAGAAAAAGGUCGCAGUACUUAUUGGAUAUGCUGGGACAGGGUACAAAGGCAUGCAGUUUACCAACGACCACAAAACAAUUGAAGGAGAUCUAUUCCAGGCUUUUGUCGCAGCUGGUGCAAUCUCCAAAGCCAAUGCGGAUGAUCCGAAGAAGUCUUCCUUUGUCAGGUGUGCUCGGACCGACAAGGGUGUACAUGCAGCCGGCAAUCUAAUAUCGCUCAAGCUGAUCGUUGAGGAUGAGGACAUCGUCAAGAAAAUCAACGAGAAUCUGGUUCCACAAAUUCGAGUGUGGGGUUUCGAGAGAACGAACAACAGCUUCAGUGCAUAUCAGACGGUCGACUCGAGAAUAUACGAAUACCUCAUCCCUACACACAGUUUCCUUCCACCUCACCCGAGCAGUUUUCUUGGAAGGCAGCUUGAAGAGUGGGCAGCCAAGAAAGAUGAUCUUGAGGCCUACCGGGAGAGACAGAAGGAAGUCCAGGGGUAUUGGGAGAAGGUCGAUGAGGAACUUAUCAAGCCGAUACUGGAAGAAUAUGACCCUGAGAUCAAGGCUAUCCUCGAGAAGGCAUUAUGGCUGAAAGGGGAGCCAGUGGAGGUUGAAAGUAAGGGAGAACCCGAGCAGCAAGCCUCAUCCGAAAUCAAGGAUGACGUACAACCCUCUCAAAAUGAGAAUGGGUCGGACAAGGAGAUUUCGAUCCCUCAAGAAAACGUACCAGAAGGAACCUCGGACCAGCCCGAAGGAGUGAAACGCCCUCCAUCUCAAGCAAUCAUCAUCUCCGAGGCCUCCAAACGCCUUCGUCAAGCGUACGUCACCGCGAAACGCUCAUAUCGCAUUCCCGAAACUCGGCUUCGACGUAUUCAAGAAACACUCAAUCUUUUUAUCGGAACCCGCAACUACCACAAUUUCACCAUCCAGAAAACUUACAAAGACCCGUCCGCCAAACGAGUGAUCAAGUCCUUCAACCUCAACCCCGAACCAAUUCUGAUCGAUGGCACGGAAUGGCUUAGCAUGAAAGUACAUGGUCAGAGUUUCAUGAUGCAUCAGAUCCGUAAGAUGGUUGGCAUGGUGGCUUUAAUUGUACGCUGUGGCUGCGACCCAAAGCGACUUACACAAAGCUUAGGGCCAGAAAGUAUUUCAAUCCCCAAGGCUCCAAGUUUAGGUUUGCUUCUGGAACGUCCCGUCUUUGACUCAUACAACAAACGGGCCCAGAACGAACUGAGUAAGGAUCCGAUCAAUUACGACAAGUUCAAGAAAGAAAUGGACCAGUUCAAGCAGGAGCAGAUCUACGAGCGAAUGUACCGAGACGAAGAGAAGGAGAAUGUUUUUGGAAAUUUCUUCAAUCACGUAGACAACUUUCCAUGCGAGACGUUCUUGUUCGUCACUAGUGGAGGCAUCGAGGCGACCAAGGUGCCCAUCAAGGUCGGCGGGAACAAGGACAUGACAGGCUUAGAGGCCGCGUUGGGAGAUGGGGAUGGCGAUGGAGAGGGCAGUGAUGCCGAUGAGGGCGUCAGGGACACUCACGGAGAUGAGGGAUGA